AAAGAAGACAAUAUUUCAAUGGGGUGCUCAUUUACAUCAUGUGGAACAUUUGGAAGGAGCGCAACCGCCGUAUCUUCUAGACCGUGGCAGCUCCUGCUUUUGUUGUCGCGUCGCUUGCCAGUGACGCAAUUGAUACCCAUAGGCUUGCUUUCCAUUGCGUUACCGUGCCGUGAGGUUUCUUGUGGUUCUUCGGUUUUUUCUGUCUGUCCUACCAGCCAGCUGCGUUUGGUCCGUUGGAAUAGUCUUUCUCUGUUUCAUCUUUGGCUUUUUUUCUUGUUUCGACCUCGGUCGCAUGUACAUAUACUUGGUUUUCCUCUUCUAAUAUUGCAUGGCAGAGCUCCUGCCUUUCACGGCAAAUUUCUUUUUUGUCAAGGAGUGCUACCGAGAGCUGCUGGCGCCACCGAUCACAACUAGCUAUAUCUUUCAAGCUAAGAGGAACUCACGAGAAUACUUCUCUGCGUGUGUAGACUAAUGCGUAAAUAUUCGAUAGGAAAUGCUGCGACCCAGCUACACGCCACAAGGGCAAAAGAAAGGAGAAAAUUACAUCAGCCAGUGUCUCUCCACUCGGAACUCGCACCCGGGAUUUGAGCAAAUCUAGAACUUCCAAAUAGCUUCGCUUGAGACCAGCAAGCACCUUCUCGAGCAAUGGCCUGGAAGAUCAAGUGCAAGCUUGGGUUUUUGCUUUCAAAAACCAUCGUGUUUCGAUGUUUCCAUAUUCACCAAAAAUUAAGAGUGGAGACAGUGGCCAGGUCUUUGCGAGCAGCCCCCGAAAUUGGCGGGUCCUGCCACCAAGCUUCAAUCGUCGAGGUCUCAUUCGGAAGCCAAUGAGUCAAGUCCCAAGAACGAAGAAGAUGAAACCAGACUUGCCACGCCACCACACAACCGAGAAGAAGAUGAUGGGUUGUUUCAGGCACUGGGCAAUUCUCCGGGUGAAGUACAAUAUGGUCCGAGUGAUAAAUAUCUUCUCUUACUAAAAAGUUGUCUCAGCACUAGUUAUGUUCUUCUUGCCCAAAUCAUCCACUUCACACUAAAUCCUUACGGACAUUUGAUCAUUCCUUACAACAGCUUGAAAAGACACGCUUUAAAUAAAGAGGUGAUCACAAUACACUACGUCGGCUCAAGAUUAAUCGAGCGUUACCGUCCUUCAAUUAUUUGCAACCGUAGAAAUGGAUCAGCCCAAGCAAUCGUUGCCAGUGGAAUGUUUCAAUGUGCGAAAAGUCCACCAAAUUCCUUUGAAAAAUUCCCUUCACGUUUUCAAGUUUGUUAAUCAGUACGUAACACCUACCAGACGCGUCUAAAAUUAUUUUAGCUUGCCACAUCAUGCCAUUUAUACCCAUUGAGCAGCAGACCGGAAAUCAGAAAUCUGAAUAAUUAUUUCCGGUUUGGUAUGGCUUAGCUGUUGUUUAAUCGUUGGGGACCUGAUCAACUCACCAAAGGCUGCUGCUUCGUGCUUUGCAUACAGACAUGAUCUAGUCUUUCUUUCGCACGUGUGUUACCAAAGAAAACACGCAGACAAGUUCUUCUAAACUGUUGCUGCAUGCACCAUCCCCAGCUGGAUGCUAUAUAAACAUACGAGCUUGAGAGCACAGGGACACAACAAACAUAACACUCUUCCCAGAAAUCAGACAUGGAUUUGAGAACGGCCUUCUCUUGUGCUCUGCUUCUGGCGACAGUACUGUUUCCUCUUUCAGCCCACGCGUCGAGCAAACUCUACAUUGUGUAUAUGGGGGACAAGAAACACGAUGAUCCAACCGUGGUUACCGCCUCGCACCAUGACGUGCUAACCUCUGUUCUUGGGAGCAAGGAUGAAGCCUUGCAGUCGAUAGUUUACAGCUACAAGCACGGAUUCUCUGGGUUCGCGGCGAUGCUCACCAAAUCACAAGCCGAAACCAUUGCAAAAUUCCCUGAAGUUAUCAGCGUGAAGCCUAACACCUACCACCAAGCACACACAACCCGGAGCUGGGACUUCCUCGAUCUUGACUACACACAGCAACCGGCCAGCCUCCUCCAGAAAGCAAACUAUGGUGAAGAUACCAUCAUCGGGGUCAUCGACUCAGGCAUUUGGCCUGAAUCGCCAAGCUUUGACGACGCCGGGUACGGCCCCGUGCCGGCCCGGUGGAAAGGCACAUGCCAAACCGGUCAGGAGUUCAAUGCCACGGGUUGCAACAGAAAGAUCAUCGGCGCCCGAUGGUUCACCGGCGGCUUGAGCGCCUCGUCGCUCAAGGGCGACUACAUGUCGCCAAGAGACUUCGAAGGCCACGGCACGCACGUCGCCUCAACGAUCGCCGGCAGCCCGGUGCGCGGCACGAGCUACUACGGCGGAGGCCUGGCAGCCGGGGUGGCGCGUGGCGGGGCGCCUCGUGCAAGGCUGGCCAUCUACAAGGUGUUGUGGGGCCGGGCUGGAAGAGGCAGCGACGCCGCGUUCCUUGCCGCCAUCGACCAUGCCAUCAACGACGGCGUGGACGUCCUGUCCUUGUCGCUGGGGAGCGCCGGCAGCGAGAUCGUCGGGUCGCUGCAUGCUGUUCAGAGGGGCAUCUCCGUCGUGUUUGCCGGCGGGAACGAUGGCCCCGUGCCGCAGACGGUGACAAAUGCCGUGCCGUGGGUCACCACGGUGGCCGCCAGCACCGUUGACCGGGCUUUUCCGACCUUGAUGACACUCGGGAACGAUGAAAAGCUGGUGGGGCAAUCUCUACACCAUAAUGCAUCUUCGAUCAGCAACGACUUUAAGGCUCUUGUUUAUGCGGGGAGCUGCGACGUGCUGUCACUGUCAUCAAGCUCAAGCAACGUCACCGGUAAAAUCGUCCUGUGCUAUGCACCGGCUAAGGCAGCCAUCGUACCGCCUGGGCUAGCACUUUCUCCAGCCAUUAACCGUACUGUGGAGGCUGGCGCAAAGGGCCUUAUCUUCGCGCAAUAUGCUUCGGAGGGUCUCGACACCCUAGCUGCAUGCGAUGGCAUUAUGCCCUGCGUGCUGGUGGAUUUCGAAAUUGCACAAAGAAUUCUCUCCUAUGGUGAACUCACAGAGAAUCCGGUGGUCAAGGUGUCGCGUACUGUGAAUGUUGUUGGAAAUGGGGUGUUGUCACCGAGGGUCGCCUCGUUCUCAUCAAGAGGGCCGAGCCCUGCAUUCCCUGACAUACUCAAGCCGGACAUAGCUGCACCAGGGGUCAGCAUCCUGGCAGCUGAGCGCAGCGCGUACGUGUUCAGAUCUGGGACAUCAAUGGCUUGCCCACAUGUCUCGGCGGUGACCGCGCUUAUCAAGUCAGUUCAUCGUGAUUGGUCGCCGGCCAUGAUCAAAUCCGCCAUCAUAACUACAGCAUCGGUGACAGAUCGGUUCGGUAUGCCGAUCCAAGCAGAGGGGGUCCCGAGGAAAUUGGCCGACCCUUUUGACUUUGGAGGUGGCCACAUCGACCCUAUCAGGGCUGUCGAUCCUGGCUUGGUUUACGAUGUUGAUGCAAGGGACUACAACAAGUUCUUCAACUGCACCCUUGGAUUAUUGGAAGGUUGUGAGUCUUACACCCGCAAUCUCAACCUCCCCUCAAUCGCCGUGCCAAACCUCAAGGAGAAGGUCAUGGUUCGGCGCACUGUCACGAAUGUCGGGCCGUCGGAAGCAACGUACCGAGCCACACUUGAGGCUCCAGCAGGGGUUGUUGUGUCGGUGGAGCCAUCUGUUAUCAGAUUCACAAGAGGUGGAAGCAGGAGCGCGGAAUUUACGGUGACAUUCACGGCGAAGCAGAGAGUGCAAGGUGGGUACACCUUUGGAGGCUUGACAUGGUCUGACGGAAAUACCCACUCAAUAAGAAUUCCGGUUGCAGUACGUACUGUGAUACAAGACUUUGUGGCAGAUACAUCUUAAAAACGUCGGCGAGAUGGUGUAUACCUCUUCAUGCACUCAUGUAAUUCUCUUUUAUUCUUUUAUUUUUUGGCGAGAUUAUCUUAGGAUAAUGUUGGUGAAUUCAGAAAUUCUAUUUUGUACAAUGUAUUAUUUAAAAUAAAAAGGUGACACGGCAACAACACAA